UAUCUGGUAGGGUACGGGUAUCUGGUACAGGUAGCCAGGUAUCAGGUACGGGUAUCGGGUACCCGCUUGCGACCUCUGUCAUUGACCCUCAACCUCUCCCCCGUCUCCCCUCAGGUCGCGAUGUCGCCGCCAUCAGCGCUCCGCUCGGCCGCCAUCUUUGCCUUCCUGGUGGCGACCGCGAGCUCCAGCUACUACCCGGACGCCGCCUCCGGCCCUGUGCUCUCCUCCUCCUCCUCCGCCGGAGUCCAGUCGCAGUUCUCCGUGGCGGGGGGCGGGAGGGCCCCCCAGACGUUCGUGAAGCAGGCGACGUACGCGGGAGUGGGGGUGGUGGGGGCGGGCGGGGUGGGCCCCCGCCCGCCGGUGAAGGGUAAAGUCAAGGAGAAGUGGAUCGAAGUUCCGGUGGUGCUGCAGCCCGGCCCGCGCGGCUUGAAGGGCCCCCCCGGCCACCCGGGCCUGCCGGGAGUGGGCGAGGCCGGCCCCCCGGGCCCCACGGGCCCCCCAGGGGCCCCCGGGAGCCCCGGGCUCCCCUCGCCGGGGAGCCGCGGACACCCGGGUCUCGCCGGACCUCCCGGGGUAGCCGGCCACAAAGGUCCCGCCGGAGUCCCGGGACGCGCCGGGACCCCCGGCCCCAAGGGCCACCAGGGCCCCCAGGGCCUGCCGGGGCCCAAGGGCGACAAGGGGGACGGGGGGGACGGGGGGGAGGGGUCCCCGGGCCCGCGGGGCCCCCCCGGCGAGGCGGGGCCCCCGGGCAUCGGAGUCCCGGGGAGCGCCGGCGUGGACGGGGCCGAGGGGCCCGGGGGCCCGCCCGGCGCCAAGGGGGAGCCGGGGAGCCGCGGGCCCCCGGGGCAGCCCGGCCUGCCGGGGCCGCUGGGCCUCCCCGGGAUGGGCAGCCCGGGCAGGGACGGGGCCCCGGGGCGGCCGGGGGAGAAGGGCCACCGGGGGCUGCAGGGGAAGCCGGGCCUGCCCGGCAGGCUCCCGCUCGGCGCGAAGGGCGGCCGCGGCGAGUCCGGGCCGCCCGGCCCCCAGGGCCCCGAGGGUCACGUGGGGCCCAAGGGGGAGCCGGGGCCGGAGGGGCGGCCGGGGUUGCCCGGGGUCGACGGCCUCGCCGGAGAGCGGGGGGCCCCUGGCCCACGCGGACCGCCGGGCGAAGGGGGCCCCGUCGGAGCUCCGGGCGGGGACGGCGCGCCCGGCGAUCGCGGCCCCGCCGGGGAGGCCGGCGGGCCGGGCCCCGCGGGGGACGCGGGUCCCGUGGGCCCCGCUGGUCCCGUGGGCCCGGCGGGCCCCGGCGGGCCCCGGGGCGAGCGCGGCCCCAAGGGGUGGCCCGGCAGCAAGGGGCACGCCGGCUCGCCGGGCUUGCCGGGGUCGUGCGAGUGCGGCCCUCGGGACGGAGGCCCCGUCGGCGCCCCCGGUCCGCCGGGGCCGCCCGGCCCCCCGGGACCGCCCGCGGCACACGGGCCGCCGCCGCCGCCCGGCGACCGCGAACUCCUGGGCGACCUCCAGGGGCGGACGAUGCCCCUGCGGCCGGGCGGCGGCUUCGACGGGGAGGCCGACCUGGGCCCGUCGGUCGGAGUCGGCGUGGCCUACCGGCCGGAGCCCGCCGCCUCCUCUUCCCGCGGCCCUCCGGACGCGCCGCCCGGCGGAGUCGUCAAGUUCCCCGUCGCGGCGAAGAAGAUGGUGGGCGUCAAGGAGCACCACGUGCACCACCACCACUACAUGAGCGCCGUCAAGGUUCCCGUGCUGCCAUUCGCUCCCUUCCCCGAGCAGCAGCAGCAGCAGCAGAUGCAGCAGCAGCAACAGCAACAGCAGCAGCAGCAGCAGAUGCAGGUCCAGUUUCACACUCACCAGCAGCAGCACCAGCAGCAGCACCAGCAGCAGCACCAGCAGAUACCGCAGCAGCAGCCGCAGACGGCGACCCGGGCGGCUUUCUCGGUGCGCCUGUCGGAGGCGUACCCGCCGGCGGGGACUCCGAUCGUCUUCGACGAGGUCUUCUACAACGGCGAGGGCGCCUACGACGUUCCGAGCGGCGUGUUCACGAGCCCCGCCGGGGGCCUCUACUACGUCUCCUUCAGCUUCCACGUGCGGGGCAGCCGCGCCUGGGUGGCGCUCGUCCGCAACGGGGAGCCCGUCCUCUUCACCUACGACGACGGGGACGGCGGUGGCGGUGGGGCCGCCGGAGGAGGAGGCGACGAUGGGGGAGGGAACGGCAGGAACGGCAGCGGAGGUGGAGGAGGUGGAGGAGGUGGUGGAGGAGGGAUGGUCGACCACGCGUCGGGAGCCGUGGCUCUGCCUCUGGUGGCGGGCGACCGCCUCUGGCUGCAGAUCCCCUCGGAGGAGGCGGCGGCGCUGUACGCGGCGGAGCACGUGCACGCUGCCUUCACCGCGUUCAUGGUGUUCCCCCUGUGA